GCCGCGCCCUCACGUGACCCGCGCACGCGCCGGGGGUGGAGCCGUCUCAGACCCGCCCCCACCCCCGGCGUCCCCAGCGCGCCGGCCCGCCCCGAGUGCGCGUGCGCAGCGGUUGCCUUGGCGACAGGAGAAGCGUUGGGCUGUAAAGAGUAGGGCGCCAGCGGCUGGCGAAGAAGGAAAGAGGGGAGUGUCUGGCUGGGCUGGGGCCGUAGCGACGUCCGCCUCGAACCUGGGCCCCCCAAAGCUGCGGGGCGUUCGGUGUCGCCGAAGUAAACAUGCACCCUGAGCCCUCGGAGCCUGCGGCAGGUGGUGCAGCAGAGCUGGAUUGCGCGCAGGAGCCCGGCGUGGAGGAGUCUGCGGGUGACCACGGGAGCGCAGGCCGAGGGAGCUGCAAGGAAGAAAUUAAUGAUCCUAAGGAAAUAUGUGUGGGUUCUUCUGACACAUCCUACCACAGCCAGCAGAAACAGAGUGGUGAUAAUGGGUCAGCUGGUCACUUCGCACACCCAAGAGAAGACAGGGAAGAUCGGAGCCCCAGAAUGACUAAAAGUUCCCUGCAAAAACUCUGCAAGCAGCACAAGCUUUAUAUUACCCCAGCAUUGAAUGAUACGCUGUAUUUACACUUUAAAGGUUUUGAUCGCAUUGAGAACCUGGAAGAGUACACAGGGCUGCGCUGUCUCUGGCUGCAGAGCAAUGGAAUACAGAAAAUCGAAAACCUGGAGGCCCAAACUGAGUUGCGUUGCCUCUUCUUGCAAAUGAACUUGCUCCAUAAAAUUGAGAACCUGGAACCUCUGCAGAAACUGGAUGCUCUUAACCUCAGCAACAAUUACAUCAAGACCAUUGAAAACCUCUCCUGCCUCCCAGUCCUGAACACAUUGCAGAUGGCCCACAAUCACCUGGAGACCGUGGAGGACAUUCAGCAUCUACAAGAGUGUUUGAGGCUUUGUGUCCUUGACCUUUCGCACAACAAGCUGAGUGACCCGGAGAUUCUGAGAAUUCUGGAAAGCAUGCCCGAUUUGCGUGUACUGAAUUUGAUGGGAAACCCGGUUAUCAGACACAUUCCUAAUUACAGAAGGACAGUCACUGUACGACUAAAGCACUUAACAUACCUGGAUGAUAGACCGGUGUUUCCAAAGGACAGAGCUUGUGCGGAGGCCUGGGCUAGGGGAGGGUACGCAGCUGAAAAGGAGGAGAGACAGCAGUGGGAGAGCAGGGAGCGGAAGAAGAUCACGGACAGCAUUGAAGCCUUGGCCAUGAUCAAGCAGCGGGCGGAGGAGAGGAAAAGACAGAGAGAGAGUCAAGAGAGAGGGGAAAUGACAUCUUCAGAUGAUGGUGAGAACGUGCCCGCCAGUGCGGAAGGCAAGGAGGAGCCUCCCGGGGACAGAGAAACAAGGCAGAAGAUGGAGCUAUUUGUUAAGGAAAGCUUUGAGGCCAAGGACGAGCUCUGCCCGGAAAAGCCAAGUGGAGAGGAGCCGCCUGUGGAGGCUAAAAGAGAGGAUGGAGGUCGAGAGCCAGAGGGGACCCUCCCAGCUGAGACCCUGCUACUGUCGUCACCUGUGGAGGUUAAAGGAGAGGACGGAGAUGGAGAGCCAGAGGGGACCCUCCCAGCUGAGGCCCCACCACCCCCGCCACCUGUGGAGGUUAAAGGAGAGGACGGAGAUCAAGAGCCAGAGGGGACCCUCCCAGCUGAGGCCCCUCCACUGUUGCCGCCUGUGGAGGCUCAAGGAGAGGAUGGAGGUCGACAGCCAGAGGGGACCCUCCCAGCUGAGACCCCACCACCCCCGCCACCUGUGGAGGUUAAAGGAGAGAAUGGAGAUCAAGAGCCAGAGGGGACCCUCCCAGCUGAUACCCUGCUACUGUCACCGCCUGUGAAGGUUAAAGGAGAGGAUGGAGAUCAAGAGCCAGAGGGGACCCUCCCAGCUGAGGCCCCACCACCACCGCCCCUGGGAGCUUCCAGGGAAGAACCGACUCCCCAGGCUGUGGCCACUGAGGGUGUAUUCGUUACAGAACUUGAUGGAAUGAGAACGGAAGAUUUGGAAACCAUUAGACUGGAGACAAAGGAGACAUUCUGCAUUGAUGACCUACCUGACUUGGAAGAUGAUGAUGAAACAGGCAAAUCUCUGGAAGACCAGGUUAAGAAUAUGUGCUUUCCGAAGAUUGAGGUCAUCUCGAGCUUGAGUGAUGACAGUGACCCUGAACUGGACUACACGUCACUCCCUGUGCUGGAAAACCUGCCCACAGACACUCUGUCAAAUAUAUUUGCAGUCUCUAAAGACACCCCAAAGGCGGCUCGGGUGCCCUUCACAGACAUCUUUAAAAAAGAAGCUAAGAGGGACUUGGAAAUCCGAAAACAAGACACCAAGUCCCCAAGACCCCUGAUCCAGGAGCUCAGCGACGAGGACCCCUCUGGCCAGCCACUGAUGCCCCCCACCUGCCAAAGAGAUGCUGCACCACUCACUUCCAGUGGAGACAGGGACAGCGACUUCCUUGCAGCCUCUUCUCCGGAAACCAGACAGACCCGGGUCCCUGCAACAUCUCAAGUGAGCAUUUUCCCCACAGGAAAACAGAAUCUUCCACUGCAGCUAGAGAAACUCCGAGGAAGAGGGACUUGAUGCUUUAGACAUCAAAAUGAGAAGGGGAGGGAGGAAAGAAAGGGGGGAGUCUGUGAGGCACCACAGAGAAUUCCCCCAAACUGACAUGACCGUGACCCUCUGCUCAGAGGGCACUAUCGACAGCCCACAGGUGCCAGACCCAUGUCCCAAGGGUCAUCAGCCAUCAUCUCUCUGCAUGAGCUCAGUGUCAGAUAGUUGCUGUGGUGGGACGCUGUCCAGCCUAAAAAAUGUGACCAUUCCAAUUCAUCUUCAGCUGACAAGUUUAUUUCAUCCCUGAACCUGGAUCCAAGGCAUCUCCCUGUAGAAAACAUCAGACCGGGGCAGAGAUUGACGAAGCAACCCAAAACAGCAGCUGCCAACGGCCGCUGUGCCCACCUCAUCAGCAGCUCUGCAGGGGCCUCACUCCACCCUCACCAAACACGAGGAGCCAGCACUACUGGCCCCCAUUCCACUGGACAGGAAGGCGUGAGAACUGAGGGACCUGCCUGAGGCCCCCACAGCUGAGGCGCAGCGGAGCCCUGCCUCCCAGCACAGACUAAAAUCCCAGCAACACAGGCCCACCGGCACCUCCAGCCUGCCUUGCGGGAUGAUCUUCAGGCGAAUAUACAAAAUACAAAAGAAACUACUACUGUA